AUGUCCGAACUUUGGUACCGAAGUCCUGCCAGCGGCUGGGAUGAAGCUCUUCCUAUUGGAAAUGGGCGCCUAGGCGCUAUGGUUCACGGAAGGACAGAUGCGGAAUUAUUACAGCUCAACGAGGACUCGGUUUGGUAUGGAGGGCCCCAGAACAGGACUCCUACCGACGCACUUCGCCAUCUGCCGCGAUUGAGAGAGUUGAUCCGUCAGGGUGACCAUCCAGAGGCGGAAAAGCUGGUUCGUCGGGUCUUUUUCGCCCACCCGAUCAGUCAACGGCACUACGAACCUCUUGGGACGUUAUUCCUCGAAUUCGGUCAUAAGUCGGAGGAUGUGACUAGGUACCGGCGAUGUCUGGACCUUGAGAAGGGCAUAACGCGGGUGGAAUAUGAGCAUCAAGGAGUCGAGUUCGAACGGGAGGUUCUCGCUAGUCAUCCAGAUGAUGCGAUUGCAAUCCGCAUUCGAGCGUCUCAUCGCACAGAGUUUGUUGUCCGUCUCAGCCGGAUGAGCGAGCUUGAGUAUGAGACUAAUGAAUAUCUGGACGAUGUCACCGCUCAUGGCCAAUACAUUACUAUGCAUGCCACCCCUGGCGGACGAGGCAGUAACAAAGCCUGCUGUGCUGUGUCCAUUCGCUGCGAUGAUGACCAUGGCACCGUUACUAAGAUCGGAAACAGUCUUCUGGUGAAUUCCCAGGACGUCCUAUUGUUGGUCGCAGCGCAGACCACGUAUCGAUGUCAAGAUGUCGACAAAGAUGUGUAUAGGAAUCUCAGGGAGGCCUUACAGUACUCCACCGAAAAAAUAUGGUCUCGACAUAUCAGAGAUUACCUGUCGUUAUAUGGCCGCAUGGAAUUCAAGAUGGGGCCAGAUGCCUGCGACAUACCCACUGAUGAGAGGAUCAAGGCUCACCACGAUCCUGGGUUGAUAUCUCUCUAUCACAAUUACUGUCGCUAUCUCUUGAUAUCGUGCAGUCGAACCGGAGAGAAAACACUUCCGGCAACACUGCAAGGCAUUUGGAACCCAUCGUUUCACCCGCCAUGGGGCUGCAAAUAUACACUCAAUAUAAACUUGCAGAUGAAUUACUGGCCCGCGAGGAUGAGUAACCUCCUGGAAUGUGAGAUGCCUUUGUUUCAUCUCCUGAAACGGAUCGCGGAGACCGGAAAAGAAACUGCAUCGAGUAUGUACGGCUGUAGGGGCUGGACUGUACAUCAUUGCACCGACAUAUGGGCCGAUACGUCCCCAGUGGAUAAAUGGCUUCCGGCAACCCUUUGGCCCUUGGGGGGCGCUUGGUUAUGUACCCAUAUCUGGGAGCAUUUCCGAUUUAGUGGCAACAAACGGUUUUUGCAGGAAAUGUUUCCAGUUCUACGAGGAUGCGUAGAGUUUCUUCUAGACUUUCUCAUCGAGGAUGCUUCUGGACAAUACCUUGUCACCAAUCCCUCGGUGUCACCUGAAAACUCAUUCUACGAUACCCAGGGGUCCCAGGGUGUUUUAUGCGAGGGAUCAACCAUCGACAUACAGCUUGUCAGUGCCGUACUGAACGACUUUGUGAAAUCUGUCGAGGCCCUCGGUAUUUAUGACUUACUGCUUCCGUCAGUUCUCGAUGCACGACGACGAUUGCCUCCAAUGCGUAUCGGAUCUUUUGGGCAAUUGCAGGAGUGGGUUACCGAUUUCGCCGAAGUUGAACCAGGCCAUCGCCAUGUCUCCCAUCUCUGGGCCUUGUAUCCCGGAGACACAAUCCUCCCGGAGAAAGCACCUGACCUGUCCAAAGCAUGUUCCAAAACUCUCCAGCGACGAGAAGCUAGCGGUGGCGGUCAUACGGGUUGGAGCCGAGCAUGGUUGAUCAACCUUCACGCACGGCUGCGAGCAGCCGAAAACUGUGCGAAGCAUCUAGAUCUUCUAUUGGCACAGUCCACGUUGCCCAACCUGUUGGACACCCAUCCGCCGUUCCAAAUUGACGGUAAUUUCGGUGCUGGCGCAGGGAUCCUAGAGAUGCUCAUCCAAUCCCACGAGGAAGAGAUCAUUCGGCUUCUCCCUGCAUGUCCUCCCAGCUGGCAGACUGGGUCUCUGCGGGGUGUACGAGCUAGAGGGGGGUUUGAACUGGCGUUCAGCUGGAAAGACGGUCUGAUCCAAGGGUCAGUAAAGAAGUCCAAGGCGAAGGAGUUCACUGUGUUGGACAAAGCAAAUAUGGAUCUCGUCGCAGUCCAGGAUGUCCAAGGUGCUCUUCGGAGUGACUUCUUCCAUGGAUACGCCACAGCGGCGGCCCAGAUCGAAGGCGCCUGGAACAAAGAUGGCAAAGGCCAAUCAAUCUGGGACACCUUCGGUCACACCCCCGGAAAGGUCAAAGACGGAAGUACAGCCGACGACACGGUGCGAUCUUAUGACCUAUACAAAGAGGACGUGGCUUUGAUGAAAUCCUACGGUGUCAAUGCCUAUCGGUUCUCACUGUCGUGGUCCAGGAUCAUUCCUCUCGGUGGGAAAAAUGACCCGGUCAACGAGAAGGGCAUCCAGUUCUACUCCGAUCUGAUCGACGAACUUCUCAAACACGGCAUCACCCCGUUCGUCACACUGUUCCACUGGGACACGCCUCAAGCGCUGGAGGACCGCUACGGCGGCAUGCUGAACCAGAAAGAGUUCAUUCCGGACUUCGUGAACUACGCACGCCUUUGCUUCGAGCGCUUCGGAUCGAGAGUGAAGCACUGGAUCAGCUUCAACGAGCCUGGCGUUUAUACACUGGCAGGGUAUGCUGCGGGCGUGCAUGCUCCUGCUCGCUCGUCCUUCCGGGAACGCAACGAGGAAGGCGACUCAUCCACCGAGCCGUUCAUUGUCGCGCAUACCGAGCUCAUCACCCACGGCCACGUCUCGCGCCUCUACAAGCAGGAAUUCCAGCCCGAGCAGAAAGGGACGAUCGGUAUCACGCUGCACGGGAAUUGGUCCGAGCCGUGGGAUGAAGAAGACCCGCUGGACCAAGAGGCCGCUGAACGCGCUCGAGAGUUCGAGAUCGCAUGGUUCGCCGAUCCACUCUACAAGACAGGCGACUACCCAGCCUCCAUGCGCGCGCAGCUAGGGGACCGUCUUCCUACGUUCACGGCCGAAGAAUCCAACCUCGUGCUCGGUAGCUCGGAGUUCUACGGCAUGAACACCUACACGUCGUUCUUUGUCAAGCACAAAACUACCCCGGCCGAUAUCAACGACCACAAGGGCAACGUUGAGGUCUUCGACGAGAACAAACAGGGCGUUCCGCGAGGCGAGGAGUCUGAUACCGAAUGGCUGCGGUCAUCGCCGUGGGGAUUCCGAAAGUUGCUGAACUGGAUCUACUCGCGGUACCAGAUGCCGAUCUACCUGACUGAGAACGGCACCACGGCAAAGGGAGAGGUUGCCCCAACCAAAGGGGUGCUGAACGAUGAGUUCCGGAUCCGAUUUUUCGAGGGAUACGUGGGCGAACUUGCUCGCGCGGUCCAGAAUGAUGGCGUGGAUAUCCGAUCAUACUUUGCUUGGACAUUCACCGAUAACUGGGCUCCCACCCCCGACGUCAAACACAUCCGCCAGAAUGCCGAGCUUUACUCCAAGAACUCCCUCGAACGGAAUUAUCCAUCCCAUUCAAACUAUCCCUUUCAGAUCCAGCAGCUGUCUGAGGAAUCUCGUCGUCUAGACAACGACCUCAAAGCGCCUCGGUCCCGCGUCAAGCAGCUCGAGAAGGCCAUCGCGCAACUCGCCCGGCAGGAUGGAAAAACCGACGACCACGAAAAGGAACUGGCGGCUCUCCGAUCAGAGGCCCAGCAAUUGAAGGACGAGUCGCAGGCGAUGACCACUCGCAAAUCCACAUGCUCCGAUGAAAUCAACCGCCUGGCCCUAUCCCUCCCGAACCUCUCCUCCGCCGACACCCCCGUCGGCCACGACGCGCGACUCGUCGAGUACAUCAACUUCGAUCCCCAAUCGCCGCCAUCCUGGGUUACCCACCCGAACCCCAAAGCCCGCUCGCAUGUCGACAUCGGAACCUCUCUCGGUCUCCUCGACUUCACCAGCUCCGCCACUACCACUGGCUGGGGCUGGUACUUCCUCACCAACGAGGGCGCGCUGCUUGAACAGGCCCUGAUCCAGUAUGCCCUGAGCGUCGCCCGCGCGCACGGCUGGAAGCUCGUCUCCCCACCCUCCAUCGUCUACUCCUACAUCGCCGAGGCCUGCGGCUUCCAGCCGCGCGACCAACACAACGAGCAACAGAUCUGGUCCAUCGCGCAGACCGACAAGGACAAGUCCAAACCUGCGCGCUCCCUCGCCGCCACCGCUGAGAUCCCUCUCGCAGCCAUGUACGCCGGCCGCGACAUCGACGCCGCCGACCUGCCCGUCAAACUCGUCGGCCCCAGCCGCUGCUACCGCGCCGAGGCCGGCUCCCGCGGCGUCGACACCAAGGGCCUCUACCGCGUGCACGAAUUCACCAAGGUCGAGAUGUUCGGCUGGGCCGACACCGCCGACCAGUCCCCUACCUCCGACAACCUCUUCCACGAGCUCCUCGCCAUCCAAACCCACAUCCUCACCUCCCUGCGCCUCCCCUGCCGCGUCCUCGAAAUGCCCACCACCGACCUCGGCGCCAGCGCCAGCCGCAAACGCGACAUCGAAGCCCUCUUCCCGUCCCGGCUACGCGCCUCCCCCUCGGACCCCGCCGCCGCGCUCGAAUCCGCCUGGGGCGAAGUCACCUCCGCGUCCAUCUGCACGGACUACCAGAGCCGACGGCUCGGAACGCGCACCCGCGGCGGGAAACUCAAGGACUCGCGCUUCCCGCACACGGUAAACGGAACCGCAAUGGCCGUGCCCAGGGUUUUGGCUGCCAUCCUGGAGAACGGGUGGGAUGAGACCCGCAAGGUCGUGGUUGUGCCGGAGCCGUUGAGGAAUUAUAUGGGUGGGAUGGAGGUCAUUGGGGAGGGAAGUCAGAAAUGA